AUGUUUGGCACCCUGGCCCAGAUUGACUUUGAUCGAGGGACCUUGGAGUUCAUUGAGAAUCCGGACCCUGCUACUGCAAUUAGCCGCAAUCUCCAGGACAAGAUACGCAUUGCUUGCGAUUUUUGCCGCUCCAGAAAGGCGCGCUGCUCUGGAGGAUGGAAAACAUGCCAAAGAUGCGAAGCCAUGUCACUCGAAUGCGUGUAUUCAGAAGAUCAAGGGCGGAGUAAACGACAGGAAAACAACCAAAGUCGCCGAGCCACGACUCGGCGUACCAGGAAUGCCUCGAUCUCGACCCGGACUGUGCGCGAUGAACCAAAGCCUUGCGCCAGGAAUAGCCAGGUGAAGGACAGCGAAGAAUCGACAUUGGGGGACGGUUUGCACUGCAACAUGUUCGACGACAGCUGCCUCGACAAGUCGCUGUCUAGCCCUUGGAAUAUGGAUACUCCAGUGCAGCACAGUUUAGACAGCGAAUCUAGCAGUGGUGGCAAUCCAACUCCCGGCGUUGGCCUCACAGCAAGCGAAUCGUUUACUUCACCAAGCACUGGCAAUUCCACAGCGGUGUCGUCAGGCCAACUUUCGGAACCAUUGAUGCCAGACACACCCUCGACGUCGCUACUCAUCCCGUUGGGUGAUAUGGACACUUGGAAGGAACCUCAGAUAGUACAUGGCGACACGGCUUGGGCGAUGAACGCCGAUGGGCACGACUGGGUGGGCUCGACAUCGGAAUCACCAUGUCUCAAGCCUUGGGGAAAAGCACGUGUAGAAUCCGACAGUUGCGGCUGUUUGCUGAGCUCGAUAUCUUUUCUCGAGAGGCUGACCUCCAGAUCUGCUUCGCGCGAGAACCGUAUUGACCGAUUACUCGCCGACGUUCGCAAUUCCAUGGAAACCUUGGCGAUAUUCAUGGCGUGUGAGCUAUGUGCGGUUCGACUAGAGCAGAACAUGUUGCUCGCCAUGGCGGCCCGGCAACUGAGCGUCAUUUGCAGGAAGACGGCCAACUGUUAUAUGGGCCUGCGUCUGUGUGGCCUCGGCGACACAAACUCGUCCAGGCAAAAACCCGAGCUCGAUGUCUCUGCUGGCCCCAUCGACAUUUCCGUAUCGACAUAUCGAGUCAGCCAACGCGAGGGGCUACACUUGCUUGAAAGCCUAGUGACUCUUCAGAUUGUAGAGUUACAGCAGCAUAUCAAUACAAUCAAGUCCCGAUAUCGCAAUCAGCCAAAUCAAGGCCAAGUGGAGGCCGUGAUUGAGGCAGAGAACAAUAUGAAGUUAGCGCAAGUGGCCAUCAGCAGUCAUUAUUGA